CGCGUUUCCGGUUGUGCUUCUGUUUACCACGGAAAGCCUGAAAUGUUUGUGUUCGGGUGUUAAUGCGUUUACACAGCGGACCGUAAAAGAUCUGAAAUACAUUUCACGUUUAAGCUAGGUUCAAUCUAGCAGAGACAUGAGUGAUGAUUCCAAAAGUUUCCAAAGCCGUUCCAGCGGUGAUUUGUGGUCGGAAAUCUGCUCAGAUCUGCCUGAGCCACCGGAACAUGGCACGGCUGGUGAACACUUCACAGAUUCAUUCCAGCCUCAGUGCCCUGUGACCAACCAGAACAACAAUACUUCAACUAGUAGCUUUAAUUCUUCUACUCAGUGGGAACCCAUGGCGGACUCCGCAGUCUACAUCGCCAGCUUAGAGAACCGUUUGAAAAAGAUUAAAGGUCAAGCAAAUGAGGUCACAUCAAGGGAAAUGCUGCGCUCUUUGUCACAGGCCAAAAAGGAGUGUUGGGACAGGUUCCUCCAUGAUCCCCAGACUUCAGAGUUAUUCCAGGACGGAGAUCUGGAUCAGAGUGCUUUGGAGCAGCUGAAGCGCUGGUUGUCUCCAGAGCGUGUAGCAAUCAGCGCAGAAGAGCUGGAGUACCUCCUCUUGCCAUCUAAAAGCAGAGAGAGAGACUCAAACAACCCAUCCAGCACAGGCUCUUCCACAGAAGAGCAGGAUGAGGAAGAAUGCUCAAGUCCCGAGAAAUAAGUCACAUUAUUCCCCCAAAAGACUGUAGCCACGUGACCAGCAGAUGGCCAUGUACUUGAGGUUCAGUGAGGCUAUAAUGUUGAGGAUUUUGAGUUUCAAACCAUACAGUGUUUUAAAGAAAUAGCAAAUGGAGAAACGUAAGCAUUUUGUAAUCUCCCACCAUUUUCUCUCUCUCUCUCUCUCUCUCUCUCUCUCUCUCUCUCUCUCUCUCUCUCUCUCACUCUCACUCAAUCUGCAAAAUGAAUUAGAGGUCACGAUAUUGACCAGUAUUAUAUUUGUGUUUAAAUGCUUAAAUGAAAACCUUAUUUUAAGCUUAACAUUCUGUCUGGCUUUUACUACUAGGUUUUCAUGGUAACCUGAAAUCAAACCAUCCUUUUUUGCCCUCCUGAUUUCCUUUGAUCUUUCAUCUAAUCUACUUUAAAUUUUGAACCUUUUUUUUUUCUUGUAUUGUCACAUGCAUGCACAAACUACCACAGAGAACAAGUGUUGCCAGUUGAAUUUCCUUGGGCAGAUGAGUUUUAAAGACGAACUCCACACUCAGAUUUAUAAAAUAUGUUCAUACUAAAAGAUCUGAAAAGUGCUUGGCAAUUUUUUGCAUUGAUUUCUCAUUUGGUGCAGCAUUUUCAGAUUCCUGCGAGAAGUUCGUGUCCUGUGAGAAGCCGAUGUCAUGUGAUGACGUUGCCAGUGCAGUCACAAUAGCGUUUUUAACGAGUAGAUUUUUCAGCUUCUGUGACCAUCAUGUUAAUUAGAUAUUAUAUUAUAUUGCAUUAUAUUGACUGAUGGCAGAGACUCAACUCUGUUGAUUAGCCAUGAAGUGCAAUGAUGUGAUGUGAUUAGCAUUAUAUUUAUAGCUCUGGAAGCUUUGUGAGCAAGAAACUGUUAUCCAAAGUGAAAUUUGAUCAACCUAUUGAGGUGUCCAUUAUGAAUUUCAUAAAACUUGGAUGCCACUGAAGAUGUUCAAUGCUAAGUAUCGAGAAUAAGUAUGAUAGACGUUUUCUUUAAGAUGUGCUUCUCCUUAAUUUGAAUAAAGGCCUGAAAAUACACUGCUCACUUUUGGAUAAUAAUACAUAUAAAUAUUAAUAUUCACUUUGUAUGACUUUAGCCUGCAAAAUAAUGACCAGUAGAUGUCAGUAGGUUGUUGCUCUUUCUUUUUUUGUUUCUUUGAAAAUUUUCACCCUUGUUUUUACUAAGUUGUACAUGUAGAAACAUGUUUACAGUCUGAAAUUACACUCAUUCAACAAGCACUA